GUGAUUAAGGAACCACCUCCACCUCCACCUCCACCAGCGGACUCAGAUGAAGAAGAUGGAUUGCCCAAGAAAAAGUGGCCAACGGUGGAUGCCUCUUAUUAUGGCGGCCGAGGAGUUGGAGGAAUUAAAAGAAUGGAGGUGAGAUGGGGAGACAAAGGUUCAACAGAGGAAGGGGCCAAACUGGAAAAGCCCAAAAAUGCUGUCAUCAAAUUACCAGACCAAGAAUUUGAGCCAUGGGAGCCUAAACCAAAGAAGCAUAGUAGGAAAGAGCUUCCUUCACAGAGAAAAUGGUACACUCCCAUCAAGGGUAAACUGGAUGCUUUGUGGGCAUUGGUUCGACAAGGUUAUGACCAAGUGUCCCUUAUGAGACCCCAGCCAGGAGACAAG